AUGAAUCAGGAAAAUUGCUCCUCAUUAACUGAAUUUUUUCUCUUGGGAAUUACCAAUAACCCAGAGAUGAAAGUGACCCUAUUUGCCAUAUUCUUGGCUGUUUAUAUCAUUAAUUUCUCAGCAAAUCUUGGAAUGAUAAUUUUAAUUAGAAUGGAUUACCAACUUCACACACCAAUGUACUUCUUCCUCAGUCAUCUGUCUUUCUGUGAUCUCUGCUAUUGCUAUUCCACUGCAAUUGGGCCCAAGAUGCUGGUAGAUCUACUUGCCAAGAACAAGUCAGUUUCCUUCUAUGGCUGUGCUCUGCAAUUCUUGGUCUUCUGUAUCUUUGCAGAUUCUGAGUGUCUACUGCUGGCAGUGAUGGCCUUUGAUCGGUACAAGGCCAUUAGCAACCCCCUGCUGUAUACAGUCAACAUGUCCAGCAGAGUGUGCUAUCUACUCUUGUCUGGGGUUUAUCUGGUGGGAAUCACAGAUGCUUUGAUACAUACUACAUUGGCAUUCCGCCUGUGCUUCUGUGGGUCUAAUGAGAUUAAUCAUUUCUUCUGUGAUAUUCCUCCUCUCCUGUCACUCUCUUGCUCAGAUACACAGGUCAAUGAGCUAGUGAUAUUCAUUGUCUUUGGUUUUAUUGAACUGAGUACCAUUUCAGGAGUUCUCAUUUCUUAUUUUUAUAUCAUCCUAUCGGUCUUGGAGAUGCACUCUGCUGAGGGGAGGUUCAAAGCUUUCUCUACAUGCAUUUCCCACUUAUCUGCAGUUGCAAUUUUCCAGGGAACUAUGCUCUUUAUGUAUUUCCGGCCAAGUUCUUGCUACUCUCCAGAACAAGACAAAAUGACCUCACUGUUUUACACCCUCGUGGUUCCCAUGUUGAACCCCCUGAUUUAUAGCCUGAGGAACAAGGAUGUGAAAGAGGCCCUGAAAAAACUGAAAAAUAAAAUUUUAUUUUAA